GUGAAGUGUAAAGAAUUAACGCCUAUAGUAAGUAAAGCUAUUCGUUGCAAAACCGAAGGGUUUGGCAAGGAUUCAGAAAGUAAAGACUUUUACAUAAAAGUCUAUGAUACGGUUCAUCUGAAAAGUGGUGAAAUUUUGAGAACAUCAAAUAGCUUUCAGGGUAAAGAGUGGUUUAGUAACGUUUCAGUAUCUGCUGCAGAAGACCAAGUUCAGUAUGAGUCAGACAAAG